GGAUUCAGUUCCAGCCGUCUCUUCCCACAGAGCAAUUAGUCAGUCCAUCCAGUCAGUGGUUCCGGUACUCAUUUGAAUGCUUCCGAAUUUCAAGUGCCAAAAUAAACACUUACCCCUUCGGUCGUCGUUCUCGCGGAGGUUUGACUUAUCAAUUAGUGAUUUUUGUGAGUGCGAGAGCAAUCGAUUGAAUGAAUGAAUAGCUAAUCGAGAGGGUCCCCUCCAAACCGUUGUUGAGUUCAAGUGAUCCACUCUUCGGUGAGAACAACGGGAACCUCCUGGCCGGGGUAGAUAUGUGCAAUAGUAGUGCCUCCGCCUCCGGUGCCAGCGGUGGACAGAUCCCUACGGUGGUCGCUUCUGUAGCAGGAUAUGACGAAUACUACGACUCCAGCUGGCAGCUGAUUCCGCCGGACUAUGGAGCGACCGAGUACGACUACAAGUACGAGAUUCUGGAUAGCUUGAAAAUUCCCUCUGUCCAGCGGUCAGGAUUCCACAUCAGCGACAUCCUAGAACUGAGCAGUCACAGUACCCAAACGCCCAAGGGGUAUUCCCACCUACAGCAGGGCCCUCCUGGUAGUACGCCGCCUCCUUCCUCCGAUCAACAGUCAGCCCGAGGCGGAGGCCCGGGUACCAGCGAGUAUCCGUCCCAACAGGACCCAGACGAACAAUCUCAUCUAGCUCAGUACAACAGUUCCGGCGGUGGGUACAUCCCGCUACAAACGGUACCAGCCCCGCCGCCGGCCUACGGUGAUCUUCCGCCGUACUAUCCUCAUUCGCAUCAUUUGUUUACCGGUUCGUCCGGAAGUUUAUGCAGAACAUGGUAUUACGACAACGGUAGCGCCGAUUAUGUACCUGCAGUAAUUCAACAGAACAUUGAGAAUAACAUCAACCAACAAGUUAGUCCAGACAGUACUUCGCCGGUGGUGGAGCCCUCCUCGUACGUCACCAUAGGCAACUACAGUAACAUCCCGACGGCAGUCAUCGAAACCUCCGACCGGCUAGCCUUGGAUCACUCGUCUCAGGAAGGGGGACCACGUACAAUCGACAGCAACAAUAACACGUGCGAUGGGGAAUCCCUGGACGAUAGCAUCGAGGUUGGGAACUCCGGGGAUGACCGUGCCGGAAGUGACACCGGUGCGGGAGGUAAUGCGGGGGGUGGUGGUAAUCAGAAGAAACGGAAGCGAAGGAUUCUGUUCUCCAAAUCGCAAACCUACGAGCUGGAGAGACGGUUCAAGCAGACCCGGUACCUGUCGGCACCGGAGCGAGAACAUCUGGCCAGUAUGAUCCAUCUUACGCCGACGCAGGUAAAGAUUUGGUUCCAAAACCAUCGCUACAAGACGAAACGGGCUCAGAUUGAGAAGAGUUCGUCCAGUUUUGCGCACCAGAUUGGAAAUUCACCGAAACGGGUCAGUGUACCGGUGCUGGUGCGGGAUGGGAAGCCAUGUCUGGGGUCCAUGACGGGCAUGAUCGGGAAGACAGGAGGACAUGAUGGACAGCAGCAGCAGCAGCAGCAGCAGCAGCAGCAACAACAUCAGCACCAACAACAGCACUUCAUGUCAGGGGGUCUUCAUUCUUUGAUCGGCGUGACAGCGUCUGAACACGGCAGUAUCGGGAUCGGAUACCAACAGGGCGGGCAGGGUAUCAUGCAGAACCAUGGGGCUUCCGCUGGCGGUAGAUGGUGGCCUUGAGCUGGGUAGUUGGCAAUAUUUCAUGUGAUACAUUUGUGAAGA